AUUGGGAGAAGUCAAGUAGUAAUAUAUCAGGCGAAUAACAUAUCAGCAGCCUAGGCUACAUCAGACUACACGCUAUCUAGAAUCCAUAAUCUCUCACAAUGGUGUGGGAUUUGCUUCGAGGUCUUUUGCUUUUUGUUGUUCUUCUGCAAAACGCCGUCGGACUACAACCCAAAGAAGUUUGUCUGUUGCAAAUUGAAGAAGGAACGUGCAAUGACGACAUCCAGCGCUAUUACUACAAUACAAUCACCCAACAGUGUGAAGAAUUCAGCUAUAGCGGUUGUGGAGGAAACGCAAACAACUUCUUGUCAUUUUUGGAAUGUCAUAAAACUUGCUUCAGGAUUCCAAAAAUCCCCCAGAUCUGUCGUUUUCAAAAGAAAGAGGGGCCCUGCCGAGGCCUCUUCAAGCGUUACUUCUUCAAUAUGACCUCCAUGCAGUGCGAAUCCUUCACUUAUGGUGGUUGCCAAGGCAAUGAAAACAUGUUUGAAAACCUUCAGGGAUGUCUGGAAUAUUGCAAACCUCCUAAAACGAUCCCUGUGAUUUGCCAUGAUAUUUUGGACAAAGGAAAGUGCUUAGCUUCCAUACCAAGGUAUUAUUACAACUCUGCUACAAAAACAUGCGAGGAGUUCAUAUACACAGGAUGCGGAGGAAGCAACAAUAACUUCAUCUCCAAACAAAGCUGCAUGGACGUUUGUGGUAAAAACGGGAGCAAACGUUGGAGUACCUCAAAGAAGUCAAUACGAGUUUCUAAACAGUACUUAAGACGAGUAAAGGCACAGCCAAGGGAGAAGUCGACCAAAUAAUUGUUCAUUAAGUCAUUCUCACUAUUUUACUGACAACGAUGAUUGCACUGAUUUUACAGUAUUGGAUGCACAGCUCACUCUGUGUACAUAUGAUAUUGAUUCCUUCAUAAAAUGAAGGUUUGUUUAAUAUUCUCAUGUAUUUUUUAUGUCUAUGUAUAUUUUUAUUUUCGAUAAAAUAAGAAUUUAACUUUUUUUAUUAUUUGUAUUAUUAAAUACAAGAAUAUGUCUAACACUGUUAAAAAGCAUAAACUGUUGAUAAAUAAUGUUUAACUGACAAUGUUACUUAGCAACAUUAUUUAAUAUGCUGAAUAGUCUGUUUCGAGAAAUGCCAAUUUUUUUUUUUAAAUUACACGUGUUUGACCUGGGUGUUUUAGAGUAAUUAAUAUGUAAUGUAGCCUAUACCUAGGCCUACAUUUUAUACUAAAUUGAAUUCAAUCAUGUUGUGACUCAUGCCUUUGUAAUGACACUUUAUAUCAAUCCCGAAUAAAGUCUUUCAACUUCA